AUGGAGUGCCAAAGUGAAGAGCGUGCCUCAAAACUACUUGGAGCUCAAACCCAUGUUUGGAAUCACAUUAUCAGCUUCGUAAAUUCCAUGUCCCUCAAAUGUGCAAUUGACUUGGACAUUCCUGACAUCAUACACAAGUAUGGUCAACCCAUGCCACUCUCACAACUCACUGCUUCACUACCAAUCCACCCUUCCAAAGCCAACUGCAUCUUCCGCUUGAUGCGAAUUUUGACCCAUUCUGGCUUCUUCUCUCAACAAAAGCUCAAUGAGAAUGAGCUUGAAAUGGGUUAUGUGUUGACUGAUGCAUCCACUCUACUACUUAAGGACAACCCCUUGAGUAUGAUACCUUUCUUGCAUGCCAUGCUUGAUCCAAUUUUGACAAAGCCAUGGCAUCACUUGCCUACAUGGUUCAAGAAUGAUGAUCCUACGCCAUUCCACACAGCACAUGAGAUGAAAAUUUGGGACUUGGCUGGCCGUGAUCCAAAACUUAAUCUCCUUUUCAAUGAUGCCAUGGCGAGUGACGCUCAACUGGUUGCCAAUGUGGUGAUUGAGAGGUGUGAGGGAGUGUUCAAUGGCUUGGAGUCACUUGUUGACGUUGGGGGAGGCACAGGUACCAUGGCAAAGGCAAUUGCCAAAUCAUUCCCUCACUUAGAUUGUACGGUAUAUGAUCUCCCACAUGUUGUUUCCGGCUUACAAGAAGCUGAUAACUUAAAAUAUGUUGGAGGUGACAUGUUUGAGUCCAUUCCUCCUGCAGAUGCCGUGCUGUUGAAGUGGACAUUACAUGUCUGGAAUGAUGAGCAGUGUGUGAGAAUACUGAAGAACUGCAAGAAGGGACUAAAGAGGAAGGUGAUUGUGAUCGACAUGGUGGUGGACAUUGAAAAGGGAGAUGAUGAAUCAAUUGAAACACAGCUCUUUGUUGAUAUGGUUAUGAUGGUGUGGCAUCCUGGAAAAGAGAGGACUGAGAAAGAAUGGGCUAAGCUCAUUUUCUCUGCUGGUUUCAGUGACUACAAGAUAACUCCAGUGUUGGGAUUAAGGUCUCUCAUCGAGAUUUAUCCGUAA